GAUUCAACAAUAAAGUGUUAGAACAAGAAUUUCAUGGAGGUUAGAACGAAAACAGUGUUAAAAACACAUCCCCACACCAAAGUUAUUGACCUUCACCAUUUAGGAACCAGUGAAAUUAACUAAUGUGGGGAAUUUCUAAAAGUAGAAUUUGAUUUAUCUUUGCAAUCAAUAAUUUGAAUUUUAACUUCCUUCUGGUAAGUUGUAAGAUUGUUCCAAAAAGUUGAAUCUUGAAUUUUUGUUAUAUUGUUAAUAAGUAACCUUAUAAAUCCGAGUUUGAUAUUUCCUAAUGUUAUUCGCAUUUUUUAAUCUUAAGUGGUGCUCCUCUAUGCUUUUGAAUGAAAGAAGGGAGGAAAUAGUAUAUAUUCUUGAAAGUUGAGUUAUGCUAUAUUUGUUAACAGUCUUUUGAAUAAUGGAAGCCCUGAAUGAAUUUUAUUGCUGUUUUCUUGAUAUUUUCGUAAGUUCUGUUUCCUGCCAGUGCUCUAUUCAUUUGCAAGUCGUGGAACGGAGCCCCGAAUCAUCCUCAACUGAAGCUAAGCAACCGAAUGUUGAAAUAGCUGCAAGUGGAAAGCUAAAUCUUCUUGGCAGGAUGCUUGAGGAGAUUAAUAAACAGUCUUUAAAAGCACUUAUUCUCUAUGAGGAAAUUGGUUGCUCUGGAAGUUGUAUUGGAGGAAUUUUGGAUGACUUCCUGCUUCAAAAAAUUGGUUCAGAUUCUUAUGAUCAUGUUGGAAGGGAUGUUAUUCCUGCUAAGAGGGUAGCUGCUUUGAAUAAGUUCAACGCGGAGCAUAAGAAGUUCGUUUUUUUAUUAGAAAAACAUGCUUGUCUUUCGGUCAUAAGAUUAUUUUCAGUUAAUACUGUACUCAUAUAUAAUAGUGACUGGACCCCUAUGAAAAGUUUAAAAGCUCUGGAAAGGGAUAAAACCUGACUCACAGCCUGAGCAGAUAAAAAUAUUUUGUUUAUAUUCGCCUUUUAUCGAGGAAGAAAAUAUUUUAUGCUUUGCAAGGGAAAAAAAAAUUUGAAAGCUUAUAGAAGGUGAGCUGGGUUACUUGUCAUAAUUUGCUCAUGCGGGGGGCAGAUAAUUUAUUUCUUACUUUGAGUGAGCUCAAUCGUGACAAUACUCCAGUCUCCAGUGCAAGUACUAUGUCAGAAAAAUCACCUAUGAAAGAUAUAGAGCAACUUCUUCAGAAUCGUGAAGGCACAGGCACAAUUAACUUGUCUGUAAUUUUGAAAGUUCAAGUAAAAGGAUCUUACUACAUGAGUUCUCAAAUGCCUAUUAAGCUGCUUGAAAUUUCACAAGAAGAUUAUGCAGAACUGUGUAAUUAUUGGAAUAAAUUGUUGAGGGGAAAACAUAAUACCGAAGUUGUCACUGAAAAAGUUAUAAAGAAAUGCAAGGUUGAUAAAGGUAGUUCUGUGCCAUUUGAACAGGUGUUCCAAGAUGAAUGCACACCAAUCUCCACAGCUGCCCAAUUGCAAGUUAGGUAUUCACCGGCUAAUAAGAUGCGGAAUGUGGCUGCUUCAGUAUCCCAUCGGGAUGAAGUUGUGGCAGCAACAAUAGAGCCUGUGAUGCAAAUACAGCAGUUAUCAGCUGCAGGUUCACAUUCUGGUAGCAAUGCUAAUUUAUGUUCAGCUGGUGGCAUCGAACAUCAACUAAGCUCUGGAGGCCAUACAUCCAACCAACUUGCUCAGACUCCUACACACAGGACUAUGAGCUCGCAUCCAGACCUGCUCUAUAUUGAGCUGCAAAUAAUUCAUAAAGAAAUAGAGGAGGAACUAAAAAAUCAUAAAGAAGUGAAGGAGCAGCUAUUGUUUGAAUUUGGAAAAGAACUUGAAAAAAUGCGAACCCAAUAUGUUAACAAAGCUCAGGAGCUGCACUGAGUUUGAGCUGAAGCUCAAUGAACUGUAUACAAUUUUUUGAGGAGUACAAUGUAGGCCUAGACAGGCAUGGGCAGGUACCAUCAGGAGUGCAGCAAGAUCUGUUCCUUUUGAAUUUUUAUUCCAAGAAUUACAGGUUCUGCAUGAUCUUCUUGUGAAAUUUCAAGCAGCUCAAUAGGCAUUUGAGACAGACAAGUUAAUUGUGCCUGUGCCUACACGAUUCUGAAGAAGUUGCUCUAUAUCCCGAAGAUAAUCUUAUGACUGAAAGACAAGCAUGUUUUUCUAAUAAAAAAACGAACUUCUUAUGCUCCGCGUUGAACUUAUUCAAAGCAGCUACCCUCUUAGCAGGAAUAACAUCCCUUCCAACAUGCUCAUAAGAAUCUGAACCAAAUUUUUGAAGCAGGAAGUCAUCCAAAAUUCCUCCAAUACAACUUCCAGAGCAACCAUUUUCCUGUUAAUAAAAAAUGUUUAGAUAACAGUAGGACAUAUAUGUUGGACAUUGUCCAAAAGGAUCAAAUCCCAUACAAACACCGAACGCACAGAAAAGAGAAUAUAUUCCUAGUUUGUUGGGUCUUGUUGGACAUCCUUGGAUGGGAGUAGACCUUCCAAAAUGCGUUAUUUUUUAGAUUACUUGUAUUUUUUUUCUCUCUUUGGAGAAUUUUAAGCAUAUCUCUAGUA